AUGGCGGACCAGAACCCCGCGGGACUACUCGAGCAGCUUCAACAACAGGAGAAAGAAAACGGUGAAUUGAACACUCGUCUUGCUAUCAUCCGUAUAAGCGAGCCUAUAUCCUCGUCAAAUGUCGAAAAUUACAAUCCAUCACCAUCAAAGCGCAGAUCUGAUGUCUCCGUUAUUGACAAUCCCUCUCCUGCGUCUCUCGAGGCAGACUUGACACACUACAAGGAACUAUUUUCCAAAUUGCGCUUUUCCUACGUCGAGCAAGUGACGAAAGAAAAAUUCCUACGAGCGAUCGUGGGCGAUCCGCCGCUAGUCGUCGGCCACAAUGAGAACAUCGAGUUAGAAGGGCAGCUGGCCGAAGUGAAAGCCGCGCUGCAAGCGCGUAAGGAAGAGGUGAGGGUGAUGAUCGAAGAAAUGGAGAAGAUGGGUCGGGAUUUGGCAAGCCGGUAUAAGAAUAUCCAAACACAGAUGACGCAGCUGUCCACUCUUCCCGAAUCCAUCGAGAACCUAGAAUCCACCAUCGCCGGACUGCGCGCGAAGCAGGUCGCCAAUAUGGGCUCUUCGUCGUCCCAGAACCUGCCGCUCCCGGCAACGCUGUCCCUGGUAGCCGAGCGCGAGGCAGAACUUGCGGCAUUAAAUCGGCAACUUGCCGCAGUACAGAAUGCUUUGCCCCGGAAGGCACGCGAGGCCGAGGCAAUGGAGAGGGAACUUGGUGUACUUGAAAGGAGAAGGAGCGAAGCCACUAUGCAAGCGCGGGAGGCCCAGAGAAUGAAGCAAGAGGGUGAGAGUGAUGGAUUGGAGGAAAUGGGUCGAUGGUAUCGGAAUGCGGAGGAGACACUCAAGAAGCUCGUCGGUGUUGAGGGAUAA